AUGCCUAGGAAAAGAUCUCAACUUUCUCGGCAGACUGCUAUUGCAAAGCGGCUGCGAGUUUUGCGCAGCAAUGAAACAGAGGAUGAAAAUAUGCAUAGGUUGGCUACUCAACGAGCAAUCAGUGAACAAAACCGUGCUAAUGAAUCGAUCAUUGAAAGUUCGCAGCGUCUAGCCUCACAAAAUUUCCGAACUUCGGCGAACCGACAACGGGAAUCAAGCGCUGAACGUUCUCAACGUUUAUCCUUACAAAAUUUCCGAACUUUGAUAAAUCGAAAACUGGAAUCAAGCGCUGAACGUUCUCAACGUUUAGCCUCACAGAGUUCUCGAACUUUGGUGAACCGACUGCAGGAAUCAAGCGCUGAACGUUCUCAACGUCUAGCCUCACAGAAUUCCCGAACUUUAGCUAACUGCGAUCGGAAAUCGAGCACUGAACGAUCCCAUCGAUUAGUACAGCAAAAUGCACGAUCAGCAAGAAAUGGAACUCGCAGGCAACAUAAUUUAUUAAAUUCUGCGUUUGCUUAUGAUUUUACCCUUGACUAUACCGAGCUAAAUUAUAUUGAUAUUGGCAGAAUGGAUAAAAUAUGCAACUUAUGCCAAUCAAAAAAAUGGGCGACUGAAGCUCCUGGACUGUGUUGUAGUGGUGGCAAAAUGACUUCAUUCGGUGCCAAAGAGAUUCGUGAGGGAAACUUUAUGCCCACUUUUAAAGUCCAAGGGCAAGUUUAUAACUUGAUCGGUAAUUUACUUCCAGCUGAAGGGGCACAACCCGAAUUUUUGCAAAUAUAUUUUCUUUCCCAUGCAGAUCAGGUAUCCUUGCGCUCAAAUUUAAAUCCAAUCUUGCAAAUCGAACUUAUCGAAGUUCUCCAAACAUAUCUUCACGAUCAUAAUACGUAUAUUCAAAGUUUUAAAUACAAUCUGGAAAAUAGACCACCGAAUGACUUCAAACUUAUUAUUCAUGCUGAUGUGAAACCUCCUAACGAGCAUCGAGGUCGGUAUAAUGCGCCAAUAGAAGAUGAAGUAGCUGUUCUUUUGAUAGAUGAAGACAAAGGUCCCCGAGAUAUUGUGUUGAUUGCGAGAAAUGGUAAGCUUCAACGAGUUUCUGAAAUUCAUAGAUCUUAUGACCCACUUCAGUAUCCUUUACUGUUUCCCUUUGGUAAUGACGGAUACUGUAUAAAUAUUCCACAGCAGAAUACUGCUGCUAGAUCUAAAACUGUAUCAUGUAUGCAAUUCUAUGCAUUUAGACUCAUGGUGAGAAUAAAUGACUGUAACAGCAUACAUUAUUUCAAAGGAUUAUUCAACCAAUAUUGUGUUGAUAUGGCGGCUAAAAUGAUUUCUGAGAGGUUAGACUUCAUCAAAAGAAAGAAAAAAAAAUUGAGAGCAGAAGAGUACAUUCAUUUAAGAGAUGCCGUGGUUAAUGAUAAGAAUAUAAACGCUUCUAAUAUUGGCCAGCAUGUUAUAUUGCCGUCGUCAUUUACAGGAUCCCCCAGAUAUAUGAACGAAAAAAGUCAAGAUGCCAUGACAUAUGUCAGGAAAUUUGGAAGACCAGAUCUCUUCAUUACAUUUACAUGUAACUCCGAAUGGCCGGAAAUAAAAAUGGAGUUAUUACCCGAUCAACAUUCUUACGACAGACAUGAUUUGGUUUCUAGAGUAUAUCAUUUAAAACUCAAAAAAAUGAUAGUCCUACUAAUGAAAAAAAAUAUUUUUGGACCAUCGAAAGCCAUUGUUUACAGCGUAGAUUGGCAAAAAAGUGGUUUACCACACGCCCACGUUUUAUUGUGGCUGGCUAACAAAGUACAACCAGAUUCUAUAGAUGCAAUAAUAUCGGCUGAAAUACCUGACAGACAACAAGAUCCAAUUCUUUAUAAUAUUGUCAUAAAAAAUAUGAUACAUGGUCCUUGCGGAUUUCAUAACCCUGCGUCACCAUGUAUAAAAGGAAACAUUUGUUCUAAAAAGUACCCUAGGAAUUUUAUUUCUGAAACACAAACCGGGGAUGACGUUUACCCAACCUAUAGGCGCAGGUCUCCAGAUAACGGUGGAAACACAGCAAUAAUUCGUGUUAAAGGUACAGAAAUGAGCGUGGAUAAUAGCUGGGUUGUAUCCAGUGCUAUCACGAAUUUUCAAUGCACACAUUAA